AUGGUUCAAGAUCAGCUGACAUCAAUUUUAACUACCGUUGGUCUGAAUCUGAUGGCAAAAUUGACAGACAAUUCUCGAUCUGUAGUGAUAAGUCCUAGCGAAGUGGCUUUAUCAGUUGCAAAAAGUACUCUCAAGCACUGUGAGCCUCUUCCAUAUGAACUUUUCCAAUCAGAUUACGAAUCGGAAUUUCGUGAGCUCAUUGAGCAACUGGAGAAUUUUGAGGCAAUGAAAGUUAACCCGUCACCUCCUGUUUGGAAUUUUGCUAUAUCAGAAUUCAAAAAGAAGAACUUCAAAUUGUCCAAUGGCAAGCUCAAGAAAAUGAAUUUCAUUUGGAUAAACUUAGAAACCAAUAUGGAAUUGUCUUGUGAGAAAACAGGUGCUCAAAUGGCUCAGGACAAGGAGUUCAAGGUUUUAUCGAUUCCCCUAGCUGGUGAUGCUGGAAAAUUUGUGGUUUUCUUUCCCGAAAAUCAAGAGGAAACAAUCGAGGAAAGUUUGAAGAAACUGAACACUAGAAAAUUCCAGCGCCUCAUUGAUGACCUUGUUCCCAAGUUUAUACAUUUUGAACAUCCGGUCUUCAAAAUCCAGUCAAAAUUUUUCAUCUCGGAGAAUUUGACUAUGACCGAUAGAGGGCUUACUCAUGAAAAAGAAUUUGAAGUGUGUCACGGGGAAAACAACGAUUUUCGAAGAGGACUUCUCAUGGAUCGCUGCGAAUAUGUGCCGUACAUUUUUCGAGUGAACCGUCCGUUUAUCUUUUGUGUUGUGCAGAAUGGAGUUCCUGUGACGAUGGGAAUAUUCGAUGGAAAUUGA